AAGUUUUGCAAGUUCAGGCAGUCAUGACCACACCUGAUGGUCUCAAAUGCAACACCAUCAGGAAGAUCGCGGUGUUCUGUGGUGCAUCCAGUGGGAACAGUCCAGAAUAUUUGCAAUGCGCACGAGAACUGGGGCAUGAAAUGGUCAGACGAGGCAUAGGACUUGUCUAUGGGGGCGGAAAUGUCGGGCUUAUGGGGGAGAUCGCACACACUGUGUACAAUGGACUGGGUGAAGAAAGCGUCAUCGGUGUCAUUCCAGAAGCACUGCAACCUCGUGAGAUCUCUGGAGAGACCGUUGGAGAGAUCAGGAUCGUCCCAGACAUGCACACCAGAAAGGCAAUGAUGUCAGCGGAGGCAGACGCCUUUAUAGGCAUUCCAGGGGGCUUUGGCACGCUUGAGGAGCUGAUGGAGAUGGUGACAUGGCAGCAGCUGGGCCUGCACACAAAGCCAGUGGGCAUCCUCAACAUUGCCGGCUACUAUGAUCACCUGCUCGACUUCUUCGACCAUGCCGUUGAGGAGGGGUUUGUGAGGCAGCCAAGCAGGGACAUCGUGAUUCAGUCGAGGGACCCAAGGGAGCUCAUAGAAAAGCUGGAGACCUACUCACCCCCAUCCUCCAUCAUCAGGCUGGCGCUGGAGGGGAAGCUGCUGCACAACCUGCGAGGAUAAGAGCAGAGCAUGCUCUCGGCGGGUUUUGUGAGCGUUUUUGAGUAUCCCCUGGGGGCCCCAGAAAGCUAGGUGGCAUGGAUGCACAAUCUGCGCUGAUGAUCGCAAAGGCAGAGCAUCUGUGCAGCGGCAGCAGCCGUGUGAGAAAUUCGGAGCACCCUAGAGAGUCUGUCUGUCAGAAAUGUACAUUCUGCUCAGAUGUGAGCAGAGCGUGCUACCCCGCAUCGGAGCAGCGUUAGUGAGAAGCCCGGAGCACCCCACAGAGCGCUCUGUAGGGAUGCAUAUCAAAGUGGAUAAAAUUAGAGAAAGGCACAGCAGGGAAAACAAGAUCUAGGGAAGGUUCAGGGCAUCCACAGUCUGGUCUGUGUGAUAGGGCUGCACAACCUGCACAGAUGUGAGCAGAGCGAGGCAUAAUUCGCUGUAGAGCAGAGUUUGUAAGGAGUUAAUAGC